AUGGACCAAGCCGACAUCCCCGCGCUGCUCUCGCGGCUCGCGUCCGACGAGGACGCGGCCCGCAAGAUGGCCGUCUUCAAGCUGCAGUCGUCCAUCAACGACCCCGCCUUCGCCGACGUCUUCAUCUCCUCGGGCGGGCUCGUCGUACUGCGCCGCCUAAUCAUGGCCACGGGCGGCAACACGCUCGCCUACUCGCUGCAGAGCCUGACGCGGCUGCUGGAGGUCGACAUGGGCUGGGACAUCUUCGAGGGCCCCGCGUCGAGCGACCUGGUCGAGCGCAUCGUCGAGCUGAUCGUCACCAACCCGCUGGUGAACAUCCUGCGCGGGGCCAUGUCGAUUUUGGUUGCGCUCGUCGGGAGGUCGCAGUCGUCUUCUUCGUCAGCCGCCGGCGGCGGUCCGCCUGGGUCAUCCAAAGGAGGGCUUUCUUCUCCCCGCACCCCGACGACGAACGCGCUUCGCACGCCCGGCACGUUUGGCUUCCGCGCGCUCAAGCCGGCCGUGGCGGUGUACCCGCAGUUCUUUGAGCUGGUUAUUCAACAGCUGCAGAGCGCUGACCACGCGCUGUGCGCCAAUGCCUUGAUGCUGAUCAAUGCACUGAUCCGGGACGCGGUGUCGAGCGACGGGAGCGGCGUGGGAGGGAUACAGGCCAAGGGUUCUGUGUCCGCUGCCGGCGAGGAGUGGAGCAAGUUUAUCAAGCGCCUGCAGGACCUGGGUCUGAUCCGGGCGGUGUAUAACCUGCUGCAGAGCUCGGCGCUGCAGGACCUGGCUCAUCCGCUGUUGGAGUUCCAAUCAUUGACCAAAGUGCUGUUGAGGAAGUGGAGGGAGGUGAGGGUUGACUUGGAACGACCGGAACACAGGAGAGCGCUGAAGGGGCUGCAUCUUGCCAGUGCGCCCGACAGGAGGUAUGCGAACGGUGUUGCUGCGACCGCCGCUGCCGCCGCGGAGGAUGGGGACGCCGGCAAGAAGGGAAGCAGGAAACACAACCCGGAGAAAUGGCGGCGGUUGGGCUUCGAGACAGAGUCGCCUGCGCUCGAAUUCGAAACGGCCGGAUUCUUGGGGAUGAUGGAUCUGACCGACUACGUGAGGAAGAAUGAGGAUGGUUUCCAGAAGCUGCUACUGGAGCAGUCAAGUCGACCGUUAAAUGAGCGCUGUCCCGUGGCCAGGGCAAGCCUUGCCGUCACGAUGAUUCUCUACGACCACUUCGAGGUGGAUAAGACGGAUCUGGAGGACAUCAGGGGCUACCACGCUCUCAACGACGCCAAGACCCACGACAAGCUGUUCCACCCGCUGCUGUUACAAUGGUCUCGGUUACACACCGCCGGUCUUCACGCCUUCUUCCGUCUGUGGAAAUCCACCGGAGCGCAGCGCGACGACUUUGACAAGGUGGCCGAGUUGGUGCGUGUCCUGGUAGAGCAGGUGGUAGGGCAAGCGAGCAGGACUAAAGAUGUGCUCGAGGUGGAGGACGAGCUGCAAGAGUAUGACGCGGCAAGGUUAAGGGAGAUACAAAUGGAGCUGCUGGAACUGUCGUUCGAAGAUCAGUGGGCCCCGCAUCUCUUCCAAGUGCGCGAGGAGCUCAAGCACGAGGCGCUGCAGUUUGUCAAAGAACAGCGGGUCCGCUGUCUGCUGCAGGGCAGCUGGUUCACGAAGCCGAUGCUGCAUACCCGACAGGAGAGCUAUACCAAGCGGCGGCUAUACCAGCCAUGGCGCUAUGCCAAACUUUCCCACAACCGUCGCUACCUCCACUACGCCGACUUCCCCGAGAAGCUACCCUACGACCCCGGGCUCGAAGCCCUAACCGAGAAGGUAGACCUCGGAACAAUUAGCUCAGUCGUCUCCAACGUCUCGGCAACGCCCGAGUCACCGGAGGCCUCCGGCGACAACAACGAAACCGACCAGUCCCCGGACUCCAGCACGCCAACCCUCCGCACCUUCCGCGACAACGCGGCGGCCGCAAAACCAACCACCAAGAUCACAAUCUACUCCUUUGCCGGCGACUACAUGGCGAACACAAGCACCAACCCCAACGCCAGCCCCGACGCCUCCACAACAACAACGACGACGACACCAGGCGCCGUCAGCAGUAGCGAUACAGAGCCCAAAGAACAGCCCGUGCUGACUCUGUACCCGCUCAACCACAGCCUGGCGUCCGAGUGGCUGGAUGGCUUGCUCAUGCUGCUCAACCAGGCGCCCAUCACGGCCGAGACGAACAAGCUUGUUACGCUGGUCAGCGAGUACGGGCUGAAGAUCAGGCUGCUGAAUGUCAGGUUGGAGCAGAUGUACGCCCAUCCUGGGGCGCAGGGCGCUGGGGUUGUUCCUAGUCGGGAGGGGCUGGACGAGGAUUAUUUCUAUGAGAUUUGA